CCAGAGCCACAGGCUCCUGGGCAGACUGUUGCAUUCUGGGAGUCCUAGUUCCGCAAUACCAUAGCCUUGUGGGAGUUGUAGUCUCGGAGCCACUUCCGCACCGGGCUUAGCGUGGUAGGCGCGCGGCACUUCCAGACGUGGCGUUCUGCACUGGAGAAGCCAACUCCGCGAUGCCCGCCCCAACGUGCGCCUCCUGCCACACGGCUCGGGCAAACCUCCGGCGCCCGCGCUCAGGGCAGGCGCUGUGUGGUACAUGCUUCUGCAAUGCCUUCGAGGCCGAGGUGCUGCACACGGUGCUCGCUGGCCGCCUGCUACCACGCGGCGCUGUGGUGGCCGUGGGUGCCUCGGGUGGCAAAGACUCCACCGUGCUCGCGCAUGUCCUGCGCGCACUGGCACCCCAGCUGGACAUCUCACUGCACCUUGUGGCCGUGGAUGAGGGCAUCGGCGGCUACCGGGAUGCGGCGCUGGCAGCUGUUAGGCACCAGGCAGCGCGCUGGGAGCUGCCACUCACUGUCGUGGCCUACGAAGACCUCUUUGGGGGCUGGACAAUGGAUGCGGUGGCCCGCAGUACAGCUGGCUCUGGCCGCAGCCGCUCCUGCUGCACCUUCUGCGGGGUCCUGCGUCGCCGAGCGCUGGAGGAAGGGGCACGCCUUGUGGGAGCCACGCACAUCGUGACAGGUCACAACGCGGACGACAUGGCAGAGACGGUGCUCAUGAACUUCCUGCGGGGCGACGCGGGGCGGCUGGCCCGGGGCGGCGGGCUGGGCUCCCCGGGCGAGGGGGGCGCGUUGCCGCGCUGCCGGCCACUGCAGCUGGCGUCGCAGAAGGAGGUGGUGCUGUACGCGCACUUCCGCCGCCUGCACUACUUCUCCGAGGAGUGCGUCUACGCGCCCGAGGCCUUCCGCGGCCACGCUCGCGACCUGCUCAAGCGCCUGGAGGCGGCGCGGCCGUCGGCUGUGCUGGACCUGGUGCACUCUGCGGAGCGCCUGGCGCUGGCCCCGACCGCGAGGCCCCCGCGCCCCGGCGCCUGCUCCCGCUGCGGGGCGCUGGCCAGCCGCGCGCUCUGCCAGGCCUGCGCGCUCCUGGACGGCCUGAACCGCGGCCUGCCCCGCCUGGCCAUCGGCAAAGGUCGCCGCGAGCUGGAAGAGGAGGCACCACGGGGUCGGCGGAGCGUCCCCGCCGCCGAUGCCCUCACGGCCUUCUAGCGGCUCCAGGUCCCUCUGGGACCUGGCACCCGGGCGGGCGGGGCUCCCUGUAAAUAACACUGUGAAUAAACUCAGAGCUGCCUGUA